UGGACCCCCAUUCCACCCACAACAGGGUUGGGGGGUGGGGAGACAGGGAAGCUGGAGAGACCAGGGCCAGCACUGGAGGCCUGGGACUAGCCAGGGGGACAUGAGAUUGGCCAGAACAGGGUGAAAUUGCCAAGACGGGGAUUGAGCUCAGCAAGAGGGAAGGUUUGAAACCGGGGAGAAGAGAAUGAAAUUGACCGGAAGGGGGAGAAAUUGACCAGAAGUGGGUGAAAGAGACCAGAAGAGGAUUGAGAUUAGGGAGGGGAGGGGGUUGAGAUAGGGAACAAGUAAGUGGAAUUGCCAAGGAGACAGACCAGCAAGGGGAGGGAGUUGACACUGGUGAGAAAGGGGUGAUCUGGACCAGAGGUGGGUGAAAUAGACCAGAAAGGGGUGAAAUUAGCAAGCAGAGGCUUGAGAUCAGGAAGGGGAGGGUUUGAAAUUGGCAGGAAGGGGGUGACACAGACCAGGAGGAGGUCAAAUAGACCAGCAGAGAAUUGAGGUAAGUCAGGUGAGGGUUUGCAACUGGCAAGAAGAGGGUGAAAUUAGCAGCAGGGAAGUAGACUGGAGGACAAAAAACAACCCUGAAAUUGCCGGCAGGGCUAAAAACAGCCAGGAAGGGGGUUGAAAUUGCCAACGUCGGGGCAUCUAAGGCUUGACCUCCCACUCAGCCACGGCUUUCCUCCACGGGGCAUCCGGGAGCCAGCAGCCAGCCCUCUGUUUUCCAACCACAGGGGGACAAGGCCAAGAUCCUCCUCUGUUCCCUGAAGCCGGAGCCCCCGCGGCAAAGCCAGAGAAGCCAGUUUGGAGCCGGGAGGGGGAAGGCUGGGCUCCUUUGGGGUUGUGUAACAUAAUCCCAGUGGAUCAGGAGUGAGAUCUCUGGAGGGAAGAGGAAUCUCUGUAGCUUGAUCAUGACGUUCGCUGAGUUUCUGCAGCAGGUUGGGGGCAUGGGGCGCUUCCAGGUGAUCCACACGGCUCUGCUCACCGUGCCCAUCGUGCUUAUGGCGAGUCACAACCUCCUCCAGAACUUCACGGCGGCCGUGCCCAGCCAUCGCUGCCAGCUCUGGGCGGGCGGUAGUGACCUCAAUGCCAGCCUGGACCUGGUGCCCCUGGACAGGAACGGGCAGCCAGAAAAAUGCCGGCGGUAUGUGGCUGCCCAGAGACAUCUCCUGGACCCCAAUGGCACAGAGGGCAAUGGCACACGUGUGGACACAGAGGCAUGUGUGGAUGGCUGGACCUAUGACCGGAGCGUGUAUGCUGCCACCAUCGUCACUGAGUGGGACCUGGUCUGCGACCUCCGGAGUCUCCGGCAGAUGGCCCAGUCGAUCUACAUGGCCGGGGUACUGGUGGGAGCCCUGGUGCUGGGGGGGCUCUCGGACAGGUUUGGGCGCAAGCCGCUGCUGGUGUGGUCCUUCCUGCAGAUGGCCGUGAUGGGCACCUGCACUGCCUUCGCCCCCAACUUCAUCUGCUACUGCGUCUUCCGCUUCCUCAGCGGCAUGGCCCUGUCCGGCUUCGGGCUUGGCAUUGCCUGCCUGGUUGUGGAGUGGAUCCCUACCCAGUACCGCACCAUCGCCAUAGCCAUCACCGGCUUCGUCUACACCCUGGGACAGAUCCUGCUGGCCGGGGUUGCCUAUGGGAUAAGUGACUGGCGCUGGCUCCAGUUUGCCGUCUCCGCCCCCUUCUUCCUCUUCCUCUGCUACUCCUGGUGGUUCACCGAGUCGGCCCGCUGGCUGUUGCUGACCAGCAAGGCCGAGAGGGCUGUGGGGGUCCUGCGGCACGUGGCCAGAGUCAACGGGAAGCAGGAAGAAGGGGAGAAGAUCACGGUGGAGAUCCUGAAAUCCAACAUGGAGAAGGAGUUGUCCACAGUCAAGUCCUCCUACACCAUCUCUGACCUGGUGCGGACACCAGUUGUGCGCCGCAUCUUCUGCUGCCUCUCCGUCGUGUGGUUCUCUGCUAGCUUCUCCUACUAUGGGCUGGCCAUGGACCUGCAGAACUUUGGGGUCAGCAUCUACCUGAUCCAGGUCAUCUUUGGGGCCGUGGACUUCCCAGCCAAAGUGGUGGCGACCAUCUCCAUGAGCUACAUCGGGCGCCGGGUGACGGUCUCGGCUUGCCUCAUCCUGGCCGGGCUCGUCAUCAUCGCCAACAUCUUUGUGUCCAGAGCCUUAGGCCCUUGGAUCUUCUCUGUUGCCAUCCCCCAGACCUACAGACAGUGCGCACGGCAUUGGCCGUCAUUGGCAAGGGCUGCCUCUCAGCUGCUUUCAACUGCGUGUUCCUGUUCACCACCGAGCUCUACCCCACCCCGAUCAGGCAGACCGGGCUGGGCUUCGGCAGCACCAUGGCCCGAGUAGGUGGCAUUGUGGCCCCACUUAUGACUAUGACAGAUGAGUACUUCCCCUGGCUUCCCCCAGUGGCCUAUGGGGCAGCCCCCAUGGCCUCUGGCCUCAUCGCCAUGUUCCUCCCAGAGACCCUCAAUGUCCCGCUGCCAGACAC